AUGCUCGCCAGAGCGAAGCAUGGCUUCCGGGAACGUGUGGUAGAUCUUUGCCCACGUAUCAAUGAUUGGGAGGAGUAUUACCUGAAUGAUGAUGCAGAGAAUGUCCAUGCACGAGUCUACAAGUCUUCUCAAGCACAGGUGGCCGUGGUGUCCUUUCGUGGGACGCAGGCCACCUCUGCACAGAAUUGGGAGAUUGACUCCGACAUCAUCAUGCUUCCAGUAGAGCUUGGAGCUCCCGGACAGCACAAAGCAGCAUCCUCCACUGCCAACGUCCAUGAGGGCUUCUAUCUUGAGCUGCAACGAGUGCUGCCACACGUGCGCAAGUGGGUAGAGGGAUACAUCGAGGGCACUAAGGGCCUGUUUGGCAUCCCCAGCUACUGGAAGCUUGUUUUCACUGGUCACAGUUUGGGCGCAGCGCUGGCUAUCCUUGCCGCCACCUUGGCAGAGGCAGAGGGCUGGGCACGCACACCGGAUGCAGUGGUGGCGUUCGGCGCCCCACGCCUGGCAGAUCAAGCUCUUAGUGACUGGUGGGAAUCUCGAGAUUUGUGUGGAAAGAUUCUGAGAGUCGCGGUGCAGAACGAUGUCAUCACCUGGAUGCCUUUUGUGGAACCACUUCAACUGAUGGAUAUUGUGAGCUACUGCUUGGAGAACCCCAUGAGCUGCCUUGGUCAACUGGCCAAUGGCCCCAAGUCCUUGCACCCGAGCGAGAGAUGGGCCCACGUUUGUCCGAAGAGUGAGCUGCUUGUGCCUGGCGCCAUGAAGGGAAUCAACUCACAGAUGAAGGACUUCUCUUUGCUUGGUGGUGCGCUUGCACACUUGAUCGGAAAUGCCCUCUUCGGAUAUGCAUUUGGGGUGAUGAACAGCGACAUCCCUCAGCACGAUGCGUACUGUGGCCUGCGUCACGAGCUUUUCCCCGCACCCAACUGCACGGCCACGGAAGAUCUGGAGGAUGUAGUUUGCUUUGGACUCAGCCAUGAUCCUAAUGGAACUUCUUCAAAAACCUGCCACAAGAAUUGCUGUGAUGACGAAUACUGCAGCGUUUGGCAAUUCAUGCGGAACGGGCAAUGCUGGCGGGGUCGCAGCCACCAGUGCACAAGUCUUCAUCCCUAUGCGGCAGAAGUGCUCGCAGGGCAGAGAGUGCAUUGA